UGCAAAAAAUCAUUAAAUAUUGAGAUCAUAUAGACAGCGUUUAUUUUUUUAGUAAAUAGUACUAAGAAAUAUGUUUACUAUUAUACCAAAUUGUAUGAAAAUAAUAUAAUUUGUGUUGUUACGAAUUAUGAUGGAAAUAUCAAAGUUUAGAAAAAUAAAUAAAGAUCGCCUAUCUACAUUUUUGGAACACUUGGAAAAUAAAAACUUAGAUACUGACGAGAUAUUUGGAAAAUGUUUAAUGAUCUUGAAAACAUUAUUAUACACUUCAUCAAACUUUAUCCCCGACAGUAAUCUCAGUACACAGAACAACAUUCAAGCAUUUUUGUAUUCUAUUAAUUUUGAUGUAAUAGAAGCUGAUCACAUGAUCAAAUUGAAAUCAAUACUUGAUGAAGGGGCAGACUUUCAUAUUUACACUAGAUACAUAGAAUCUAUCUUAAAUAAAAACAACAAGUCAUUGAAUUCAAUUUUAAUGACUAUUUGGACUCAAUUAGGAUCAAAUGUAUUGAGAUUGCCUAUAAUUAUUCAUGAAAAAACCAUUGAAGUGAAUCCUGUAAUUUUCGAAAAAACUAUUUUGUCUGCAAUAUCUUUGUGGGAGAUUAAUGACUUAAUUGAUGUAUGCUCUAAAUCGCCAUUGGUAUUUCAAACAUGUUCAAGUAUAUUUAACGAAUUGCUCAUUAAGUUAAACUUUUCCAAUAAAUUUAUGGAGUUCUUAACCUACUUUGUAAAUAAUGUCACUUCACGUUGCAAAAACAACGAUAUUGAUAUUGUUAAUAUCUAUCCAAACAAAUGCAGAAGUGUAUUAACCUUAAGGGACAUUAAGAACAAAAAUUCAAUUCUAGUUACAGAAAAUGAUUUAAAUGAUGAAAUAAAAAAAUUAGCUUUAGCUUACCCCAAAGAAUCUAUUUGCUUGCUAAGUCAUUUUCCAGAUUUAUACAUACCAUCUGAAGAAUCUUAUACCAAUACGAUUAGUUAAUACGCCAUGGGUGUUUUUGUUUAUCUCAAAUGAAUUUCUUGUUAAAAACUAAGCUUAACAAAACAACAGUAAUAAUUGAUACUUUACAAUACCUACCUAUCUAUAUUUACCAAAUACCAAUAUUACACUACGACUACGUACUAUGGUACAUAUAUAAUACACUUACCUACAUGGCUAUGUAUUAAACUAACAUUUUAUAUAGAUUGUAUACCAACGAACAUAGUUAUUAUAAUUUAAUUGCUUUUAUGAUGUAUUU